CUGAUGCCUUUUGCAAAAUGAAGAAAAAGUUUUGAAGAAGUACACGCGUGUUUUGAGUUGACGUUCCAACUUAUUUUUUUAAUGUAGCAAAUUUAGCGAACAAAUACAAAAAUGUCUUUAUUUGUUUUGGACAUUGCGGGUGACACAAACUUACUAGAGCGUGAGUCUCACGGCACAGCAACUGUAGAGAGCAAAUCACAAUGGCGUACUUUGGAAGAAAGCGUCAAACCAGUAUACCCUGAUGGUAUAGAAGCCUCUGCAAAUUUAGAAGAAAGCGACGAGAAUGAAGAAAAUGAGGAUUACUUUGGUUUGCCACCACCUAACGUGGACAUCUCGCAAAUUAUUCGGGAGGAACUGCCGAAAUUAAUAACACCAAAAACCAAACUUGAAGAAGAACUUGAUAAACUAACAGAAAAGAUAAAUGCAACCAUUUUGCAAAUGAAGGAGAAUCCCAUAAAAAUCCCUGAAAGAGGUUGCUCUACAAUGGAUUUUUCAGACUAUAAUCCCGCAACUGGCAAAUUUGAUGUCGAACAUCAAGUGAAAAUCGAUGUUGAGAAGGAAAUGGCAAAAUCACAAUUGGCGAAUGGUUUUGGUAGACUUAAGGAGCAUCCAUUCCUCACUAAAAAGAAACAACGCGCAAUCAACCGGGUUGAACGUUCCAAAACAAAGGGUCCCGGAUGGUAUAACUUGCCUGCUACAGAAAAAACAGAGGAUGUUGAAAAUGAACUUAAAAUUUUACAAAUGCGCUCUGUGCUAGAUCCUAAACACUUUUACAAAAAGAACGAUCUGAAAGUUCUGCCAAAAUACUUCCAGAUUGGUACUGUGCAACAUUCGCCUUUAGAUUACUAUAGCGAACGCGGUACGCGUCACAAAAAGCGUUCACUGGUUGAUGAUUUAAUGGAGGAUGAGGCAACGCAAAAUUAUACAAAACGAAAGUUCAAAGAGGUGAUUGCACGACGAGAGAAGUAUGCGCAUCGCAAAGCUAUGCAAAAAAUGAAGAAACAAAAGAAACACAAAUCUUAAUAUAUGUACAUAAUUUUUUAGUUUAAUAAAUAACGUAACCAAAAAUA